AUGGUGGCACCUACGCACGAGGUGUGGACUGCAUUCACCAAGCGCGAGCAGGAGGAGCUGCUCAACAUCGUUUACGUCCAAGACUACUUCCCGCUCGGCGAUCUGCAUUCCUUCGUCAACUCCAAGGGCCUCCGCCGCUUUUAUGAAGAUAUCAAAAGCAGGAGCGAGUUCGAGGCGGCUUCUUUUUGGUUUCAUUUGUUCAACGGAUUUACCCGUGAUCUUGUGGUAGCUGUCUCCACGUUGCACACUCUCGGCUACGCGCACCGCGGCAUAAAACCAGAAAGCAUCCUCGUAGAACAAGACGAAGGCAGAGCCGGCACCCGUUACAAACUGCGUCUCACAGGCUUUGACUACGCGCUUCGAACUAACCGCAAAAAAGAGGAAAAUACAGGCGUUAUGACGAAAAUCCAUCGAAUAAAUAUUCGAACUGCCACUUUUGUUUGUUCUCGUAUGUAUAGUUGCUAGCACUCGCCACCGCGGCUGUCUCAACUUUCAGUAGGUGUUCACUUUAUAUAAAUAUUAUACUUAAUAUCAUAUAUUAGUUUAUGUAAAUGUUGGUAGCUUCUUCUUCUUGAUGUUUUUUCCGUUCUUCCUCUUAUUGUGCGAGAGUGGUGGAGCGAAGAUAAGGCUCAAUACGAGGGGACGCAGAGCAGGUGGAGCGAUCCCAUCCUUAUACUGGCAGACCUGGCAGGGGAUAAAAUUGUGUCGUGGAAGCUGAAUGUUUUUCACUCUGACGCGUGGGCUGUCGG